CCAAGGUCACGCUUCGCCCACCCGUAUAUAUAAAAGGGCAGACUGAGCGAUUUCCAGCAGACGUGGACGGUAACUCGCUCAACACAACACAUCAUGAGGCUACUGGUGAUUCUGGCAGUGGUGGGCGUGUGCAGCGCGGCGCCUCAGUUUGUGGCGCCGCCUCCUGGCCAAAUAGUGUUUGGUGUGGACGCUAAUGGCUGCACCGUGGGACCCUCAGGUAAGGUGUGUCCCACAGGGCCAAUCCAGUUUACUAGUGAGGCCCAGGGCGUGCCUCAAGUAGUAGAGCCCGCACCCCCUCGCCCACACGCCGCCGCUCCCACCCAUCACGCCCAACACCAAGCAGUCUUCACAGGGCUCGUUGGACCUUCAGGAGUGAUCGGUCCAUCUGGUCUGGUAGGCCCCUCUGGACCCGUCGCCUUCGGUAAAUGAGGCUACCCAUCAUCAGUUAAGCUGUGAUCCCUCCUCUGUAUAAAUAUAUUAAUACC